UUGAACUAGCCUUAUCGCCGCCACGUGGAGAGAACCUAGAUCCGUCUGCAUGGGAAGUCUAGGGUCACUUUUUCCCCCUCAAAUGCAGGGUCCUAAAAAAAGGAGGGUCAAGGCUGAGCAUGCCACAUCCUGGAUAAAUACAGUCGGGCCUGAGUUUGUGGAGUUCACUAGUUCAGGAUUUCUGGAGCUUGUCGUUCUGCGGAUACUUUUUCCUUCACAAUGUUUCCUAUGGAAGAGAUAACAAACCACUCCUGCUCUGGUUACCUGGAUCAGCAUCCUCACACCAUCCUUUAUAACAUAUUGAGUGGGAGCAAGAGUGGCUACCUCAACGACAAACUGAACCGUAACGCCACGGCACACAUCUGCCACUGUGAGCAGAGACGGACGGUUUGCCUUAAGGACCCAAAGGCCACCUGCCAAGUGGCCUCCAGCGUGCUGGUCAAGACCGUCGGCUUUGUGAGGAGUUUACCAUCCUUCAGUCAGCUACCGUCGGGAGAUCAGUCAUCUUUAUUAAGACACUGCUGGGUUCCUCUAUUUGUUCUGGGGCUUGCCCAAGAAAAGAUAGCCUUUGAGGUGACUGAUGUACCAAAUUCAAGUAUCCUUAGACAGAUUCUGCUCGGACCAGGACUCACUGACCUACCAAGUCUUGCUGAAGUCCAAAACUUGAGAACUUGCUUGCAUAAACUGUGGAAUCUGGAUCUCAGUCCGAAGGAGUAUGCUUACCUUAAAGGGGCUUUGCUGUUUAACCCAGCUGUUGAAGGAUUGAGCGCCUUGUUGUUGAUUGAAGGCCUCCAACAGGAAGCUCAGAGAGCUCUGCAAGAAAUCCUCCACCUCCUGCACCCAGAGGACACCGCUCGCUUCAGUCACCUUCUUCUAGCAGCCUCCACCGUUCAGACUGUCAGCCAUAGUUUGGUCACGGAGCUCUUCUUUAAGCCAGUAAUUGGCAACACAAAUAUGUUACAUUUAUUAACGGAGAUGUUGUUUGUGGAUUGAGAUCCCAGUGAGAAAGCCUUAUGUGAGUUUAGUGUUGUAAUAUGGACUUUUAUAGUGAAUCUUUGUUUAAAAAAAGCUCAUUAAAUAAACCUUUUAAUACGUUCUUCUGUUUUAUAAAGUUUGAGAACUGCAUGACUUGUGUGAACGCAUAUAAAUCAAAACUUUUGAAGAAA